CAUUUGAACCCUAUGACAAAGGGCUUCACCUUCCCUAACCCUGAGCCGCCCCCAUUGGCUUCUGUAAUUGCAGUUUGUGCGUUUCUCUGUAAAUUUCAUUCUGUGGAAUUUUGCUACAGUUUCGAGUAACUGCAAUGGCAGACGAGGAGAAUUUAAAUGUUAAUGAAGAGUUGAAGCCGAAGCACAAGGGGAAACAUGACAAGCCAAAGCCAUGGGAUGAUCCAAGCAUCGACCAUUGGAAGAUUGAGAAGUUUGAUCCUUCGUGGAACCAGAGUGGAUUGCUUGAAGUCAGUUCCUUUUCAACUCUCUUCCCUCAGUACAGAGAGAAAUAUUUGCAAGAGUGUUGGCCUAUUGUAAAAGGUGCCUUGAAAGAGCAUGGAAUUGCCUGCGAACUUAACUUGGUUGAAGGAUCCAUGACAGUUUCUACUACUAUGAAGACAAGGGAUCCCUAUAUUAUCGUAAAAGCUAGGGAUUUGAUAAAACUUUUGUCAAGAAGUGUCCCUGCUCCUCAGGCUGUCAAAAUCCUGAAUGAUGAGAUGCAAUGUGACAUCAUCAAGAUUGGCAACAUGGUUCGCAACAAGGAGCGCUUUGUUAAACGAAGACAAUAUCUUGUGGGUCCCAAUUCGUCAACUUUAAAGGCCCUGGAAAUUUUGACCGGCUGCUAUAUCCUCGUCCAGGGAAACACAGUUGCUGCUAUGGGUUCCUUUAAAGGUCUAAAGCAAGCAAGGAGGAUUAUAGAAGAUUGCAUACUGAACAAGAUGCAUCCGCUACAUCAUAUCAAGAUCCUCAUGCUGAGGAGAGAGCUCGCAAAAAAUCCAGCUCUGGCUAGUGAGAACUGGGACAGAUUUCUUCCGCAGUUUAAGAAGAAGAAUGUUAAACAAAAGAAAGUUAAGAGCAAAGAAAAGAAACCAUAUACGCCCUUCCCACCACCUCAGCAACCUAGUAAGAUUGAUCAACAACUAGAAAGUGGUGAAUACUUCUUAAGUGACAAGAAGAAGUUAGCAAAGCAGUGGGAAGAGAAGCAAGUAAAACAGGCUGAAAAGGUUGCUGAAAACAAGAAAAAACGGGAAGAAGCUUUUGUUCCACCUGAGGAACCAAAAACACAUAACCAAGAUGUGUCCAAGGUUGAUAAAGAUGAUGUCACUGCCAUGGCAUCGUCAUUGAAGAAAAAAGCAAAGGAGUUCAGGAAGCAAAAGUCAAUUGAUAAGAUUGAUGCCGAGGAAUUUAUUGCAGGUCCCAGCAAGCCAUCUAAAAAGAAAUCGAAGAGCUCUAGAUAAGUAGUAGUCUCGUGGGAAAAGAUUGUUAUUGGCCGUUGGUGAUUAUGAUUGCUGGAGAAAGUCUUCAAAAAUUGCAGAUGUGUAAAUUGCUGUCUUGUCACUGUAUUGUAUCUUCUCAGUAGCCAUAUUGACGUUAAAAUUCUAGAGGACAACGGUCAGCUAGCCUAAUUUUGGAAACUGGGAAAACAUACCCCCCUUUUGUUGUGAUGAUAGGCAAGGUCCAUAGUGUUGUUGCUUUGUGUACCGAUACUGAUACUGAUUAAUGGCGUUGCUUUGUGUCACAAGUAAUUUAAACAGACUGAUCAAUUAGAAUGUUUAUUUUGUGUUUAA